AUGGUCAAGGUGUUCAUUACGGGAGCCACUGGAUUCAUAGCCCAGCACAUAAUCAAGCUCCUCCUCGAGCACGGCCACCAAGUCGUUGGGUCAGUACGGUCUCAACGUAAAGGUGAAGCGCUCCUCAGCCGCAUACCGCGCCAAUACGCUGGCCAAUUCAAGUAUGAAGUCGUUCCCGAACUAGCAUCACCCGAUGCAUUCGACGCGACGUUGCAACGACACCGCGACAUUCGAUUUCUUUUCCAUACUGCCAGCCCUUGCACUUUCGACACCGUCCACCAUGAACAGGAGUUGAUCAUACCAGCAGUCAAUGGCACAAGAAACAUAUUCGAGGCUGCGCACAAGUACUGCCCCCAUUUGAAGCGGAUCGUGAUUACUUCAUCCGACUCCGCCAUCUUCUCCAACGUCGACGAGCGCAACAACAAGCUAUUUUUCAACGAGCAAAGCUGGAAUAGCAUGAAGUAUGAAGAUGCCUUGGGCGAUAGCGUUUCCGCUUACUACAUGUCAAAAGUGCUUGCUGAAAAGUCAGCUUGGGAUUUCAUUGCGACUAGAAAACCGGUGUUUGACCUCGUUGCUGUGAACCCGAGCUAUGUCUAUGGUCCUCAGGCAUUCGAAUGCGAUCCCGAGAAUUUAAACGUCACGAGCGCCAUGAUUGGAAACUUGUUGAAAUGCAAGUACCAAAUUGAAAUCGGGGGCUAUAUUGACGUGAGAGAUAUCGCGAAAGCUCAUCUUUUCGCAAUGGAGCGCGAUGAAGCUCGCGGCAGGAGAUUAUUCAUGACAAAUGGAUAUUUCAGUACGCAAAUGAUGCUUGAUUUCAUCAAUCAGCACUUCCCACAGUUGAAUUUGCCCAAGGGUAACGUCGGUAGUGGCGAAAGGGAUGUGAGUGUGUUGGCGCGCGUUGACAAUAGUGCCACUAAGCAGUUGUUGGGUUGGCAAUUUGGGUCGUUGGAGACUGCUGUUGUUGACACUGUCCAGCAGAUAUUGGACAGCAGGAAGUAA